CCCCUCACCUCUCGCCGUGCCUACACCAGGCCUGCUCUGCUUGCUCCGACCGUCUGUUCUCUGCACUUGCAUAGAGCGCAGCGCGUCUCCACCGCGUCGCUGCACGUCCGGAUCCCCCACUAGAGCGCCUCUUUCACUGCUGUCAGAGCGCCUGUGACCGCCCGCCGCCCCUCUGCAAAAGCCUUAUCGCCCGCACAAAACCUUUUCACUACACCCACCGACUCGACCCCAUACACAUGGCUCCAGCCGCAGACAUGGCCGCCCCCCACAACCCCUCGACCGUCAAGGCCGAGAACUCAAAGUCGCUGAAGGUCCUCGACGACCUGUUCUCCAAGCUGACCGUCUCCAAGACCCAGGAUGAGGUGAACGCUGCCUCGCAGGGCCUGGCCACCUUCAUCAACGGCGACAUCGAGGAGGGCGAAGUGCCCACCAAGUUCGUCGAACUGUUGAAGAAGCAGCUUGCCAGCAAGAAGGAUGCCAAUGCCCGCGAACGCGCUCUCAACGCCAUCCAGAAUAUUGCCCAGCAUGGCACCGUCUCCCCCGCCGUCGAGCCAUACCUCGUCAGCCUGCUCCCCAACGCGCUGGCUGCCGUCGCCGAUAAGAUGACCCCCGUCAAGGUGGCUGCCCAAGCUGCCUCCAAGGCCAUCGUCGAGGCUUCGAACCCAUACGCCGUCAAGGUCGUUAUCCCGGCCAUCAUCCACUCGCUUCGCACCACCCAGAAGUGGCCCGAAAAGAUGAUCGAUCUCGAGUGCAUCGAGAUCCUCUGCAAGACCUCUGCGGCUCAGCUGGCUUACCGCGUGCCGGACCUGAUUCCCGUCAUCUCUGAGGCCAUGUGGGACACAAAGCCCGAGGUCAAGAAGGCUGCGUACGCCACCAUGGAGAAGCUCUGUGCUCUCAUCUCCAACAAGGAUAUUGAGCGCUUUAUUCCCGAGCUCAUCAAGUGUAUCGCCAAGCCAGAGAACGUCCCCGAGACUGUUCACUUGCUCGGUGCCACUACUUUCGUUACUGACGUCCACGAGCCGACCUUGGCUAUCAUGGUGCCGCUCCUUGAGCGCGGUCUCGUUGAGCGCGAGACUGCCAUCAAGCGAAAGAGCGCCGUCAUCAUCGACAACAUGUGCAAGCUCGUCGAGGACCCCCAGAUCGUUGCCGCUUUCCUGCCAAAGUUGAUGCCAAAGCUCAACUCGAACUUCGACACCCUCGCUGACCCCGAGGCUCGUGAGAAGACCCGCCAGGGUCUGGACACCCUCAUCCGCGUCGGUGACGUCAAGGACGGCAAGAUCCCCGAGCUUUCCAAAGCUGGUGACAUCGCCACUGUCCUUGGUAACUUGAAGCAGUCGCUCCCUUCCAAGACCAAGGCCGGUGCCAAGUUUGACCCAAUUCUCACUUACAUUGCCGCCAUUGGUGGCCAGCUUAUCGACGAGAAGGACCACGAGCUGUACAGCUGGGAACAGAACACCAUUGCCUACAUCGGUGCUGUUGUUGGCGACGAGGAGGCCAAGAACGUUGCCGAUACUCUCCGCAAGAAGAGUCUUCCCGGUGUUGCUGAGGAGAACGAGGUUGAGCCUGAUGAGGAAGAGGGUGAGGACCUCUGCAACUGCACAUUCAACUUGGCCUAUGGUGCCAAGAUCCUGCUCAACCAAACCCAUCUUCGUCUGAAGCGUGGCCAGCGUUACGGCCUUCUGGGACCCAACGGUUCUGGUAAGACAACCCUGAUGCGCGCCAUCAACAACGAGCAGGUCGAGGGCUUCCCCAAGCAGAGCGAGGUCAAGACCGUUUACGUCGAGCACGAUCUCGACUCCGCCGAUACCGAGCAGACUGUCAUCGAGUGGACACUGAAGAAGCUUGCUAGUGUCAACAUCAACACUUCUCAGAAGGAUGUUGAGGCUACGCUCCUCGAAUUCGGCUUCUCCGAGGAGAUGUACGCUGGACCCAUCACUUCGCUCUCUGGUGGCUGGAAGAUGAAGUUGGCUCUUGCCCGUGCCGUCUUCGAAUCGCCUGAUAUUCUGUUGCUGGACGAGCCUACCAACCACUUGGACGUCAAGAACGUGAAGUGGCUAGAACAGUACCUCGUCAACUCACCCUGCACAUCCAUCAUCAUUUCUCACGACAGCAAAUUCUUGGACAACGUCGUUCAACACGUUAUCCACUACGAGCGCUUCAAGCUAAAGCGUUACCGUGGUAAUCUCAGCGAGUUCGUCAAGCGUGUUCCAUCUGCCAAGUCCUACCACGAGCUCAGCGCUUCCGACAUGGAGUUCAAGUUCCCCGAGCCCGGUUUCCUUGAGGGUGUCAAGACCAAGGCAAAGGCCAUCAUUCGUGUCACCAACAUGAGCUUCCAGUACGAGGGUACCCCAAGGCCCCAGAUUUCCGGCAUCUCUUUCCAGUGUUCUCUCGGCUCGCGUAUUGCCGUUAUUGGUCCCAACGGUGCUGGCAAAUCUACUCUCGUCAACGUCUUGACUGGUGAGCUUAUCCCAACAUCUGGUGAGGUCUACCAGCACGAGAACAUCCGUAUCGCCUAUAUCAAGCAGCACGCUUUCGCCCAUAUCGAUCACCACCUCGACUCCACUCCUUCGGAAUACAUCCAGUGGCGUUUCCAAACUGGUGAAGAUCGCGAGACCAUGGACCGUGCCAACAAGAUCAUCACCGACGAGGAUGAGAAGGCCAUGGACAAGGUUUACAAGAUCGAGAACACCCCUCGACGAGUCAUCGGUAUCCACUCGCGUAGGAAAUUCAAGAACUCCUACGAGUAUGAAUGUUCGUUUGCCCUUGGUGAGAACAUUGGCUUGAAGAACGAGCGCUGGACCCCUAUGAUGACUGCUGACAACGCCUGGAUUCCUCGAUCUGAGAUCCUCUCCUCGCACGCCAAGAUGGUGGCUGAGGUCGAUCAGAAGGAGGCCCUCGCUAGCGGUCAGUUCCGUCCUCUCGUCCGAAAGGAGAUUGAGUCUCACUGCGCCAACUUCGGUCUCGAUGCUGAGCUGGUAUCCCAUUCCCGUAUGCGUGGUCUGUCUGGUGGUCAGCGUGUCAAGGUCGUCCUCGCCGCUUGCUCGUGGCAGCGACCGCAUUUGAUCGUCUUGGAUGAGCCUACCAACUACCUCGACCGUGACUCCCUUGGAGCGCUCUCCAAGGCCAUCAAGGCUUUCGAGGGUGGUGUCAUCAUCAUCACUCACUCCGCCGAGUUCACUCGCGAUCUGACUGAGGAAGUCUGGGCCGUCAUGGACGGAAAGAUGACUCCUUCCGGUCACAACUGGGUGCAAGGUCAGGGUGCUGGCCCUCGGUUGACCGAGAAGGGCGAAGAAGAGGAGAAGUUCGAUGCUAUGGGUAACAAGAUCACCGGAGGCGGAAAGAAGAAGAAGCUCUCCAGCGCUGAGAUGCGGAAGAAGAAGAAGGACCGUAUGGCCCGUCGCAAGCGUGGCGAGGAGGUUUUCACUUCCGACGAAGAUUAGAUGCUAUCUGCGUGGAAAUGAUUGACGAUGUGCUUGUUUGCAUACCCGAUUUCUUCCUGUUGGAAAUCCUAGCAGAUGAAGACACCAAAAGCCUAAUGAAGGGGUGGCUAGACGCUGGCAUACGAUUGUUUAAUGUAGCAUCCAGCAGGGUUGGGAAGGCGUACGGGCGGUCUCAUGUCAUGUCAUGGCUUAUGGCUCUCAUGUUCCUGUUGUCUCUUUUUCAUUCUCUUAAAAUAUUAUGCUUUCGGGGUGAUAGACGUAGAUUUCUGCAUUAUCAAAGAUCGCUUUUGAUAUUGUUCAAGUUAUUUCUCAUCGUUUGCUAUGUGAUGUCCGGGUGCGAUUUUCUAUUAAGAGAGGGUUUCUUGCUGUCUUUGUUUCCCCGUCUAGAUUUUCUAGUUCUGUGAGUGAGGCUUCGUUAAGGUUUUGUCAUAAUCCACGUGGACUUACUCGCAGCCAGGAC